AUGCCUUCCGUGGCAAAGCACACUCACACCGAAGCGAGCUUCACAACUCCAUGGCAAGAUCGCCUUGAAGGCGUAUGCCGCGAGUAUCAGAUCCAGUCACCAAUUUUUCAGAUUGUGUCCGAUCGCCGAGGAGGGCGAACGGCGUGGUCCAGCACAGUCACUGUCUACGGCAAACAAAUCCCGGCUCGGUUCUGGUACGACGGCAAGAACCUGAACAACGCCAAGGAGGACGCCGCCGAGGCUGCACUCAAUUGGAUGACAAACAAGUCCAUCAUCGCGACGGGUUGGUGA